AUGUUUUCCCAAAUGGCCUCGACGUUUACUGACCAAAAGCGUCCUCAAUUGCAGCCCGUGUGCCAGAAUUGCGGGACGUCAACCACGCCCCUCUGGCGCCGAGAUGAGCUGGGCUCCGUUCUCUGCAACGCAUGCGGUCUGUUUCUGAAAUUACACGGUCGCCCACGGCCGAUCAGUCUCAAGACCGAUGUUAUUAAAAGUCGCAAUCGUGUAAAGACUGCUGGGCAGGCCCCGAAACGCAAGUCUGGAGGGGGAUUGGAACCGAAUGGCUUAUCGUCGUCGAGAUCAGAGGCCGGCACGCCGCCUCUGGGAGCGCAGGGCUAUCGUCGCGCGUCGCGAAAGAUGUCCCCGGGGCAUUCGGAUCGCUCGAACUCGCCUGUAUCACGUACAGAUACACCGGGAAUGUCAUCCCUUCAUCAACACAAUUCUAAUAUCGCACCGCAGCACCUGUUUGAUAGUGUAACCCUCGGCGACUCAAGCUUCAAUCCGGCCAAUACACUCCCGGCACUGCAGCUUCGUCAACCGUCGCCUGGAUCCACAUCGUCCAUGGCGGUGGACCGACAUCUUGAAGUACCUCAGACAUAUGAAGGGCUACUUGCCGCGAACACGUCUCUCAAGACUCGCGUGAGUGAACUCGAAGUCAUUAACGAACUCUUCCGUGGUCGCGUCGCGGAACUUGAACAGAGCGAUGCCACCGCGCGUCGCUCCGAGAUGAUUGCGCGUGAUUCAGAGGCGAGACUACGUCGGUCGCUAGAGGAUUCUCAGCGUCGCGAAGAGGACAUGAAGCGCCGUGUCAAUGAAUUAGAGCAGCAGCUCUCAGACCACUCCGGCUCUGGUCCAUUUCAAGGCAAUGGGUCAGAACCAGCCAUGAAGAAGAUUCGCUUAUCGGAUGUAGUUGACUACGAGGCAGUAAACGCCGCAAAGUCUCCUAAAUCUACAUGA